GUCCAAAUCUUUAGGGGCCCAUGUCGUAUAAGGGGGUAAAGGAGUACAAGUAAAUGAAAAGUAUACAGUAAGGUGAGAGAGAAAAUUCAAGUUUUCAACAGACUAUGUUAUAAAUAGUCAGGUUUGGUAUGGAUGCCUAAUAGCAAUAAGAGAAAAGCUAGAAAAUGUAGAGGAGCGGCAACAUCUACAGAGCCAGAAAAGGAAAGACAAGAGAAGGAACAGGUCUACAUUUGGCCCCUCUUCCCAGCCUCUUUUCCUCUCAGGAAACACAUCCUGUUGCUGGCCGACCAUGGUGGCCAACGUGUUUGUUGCACACAAGAGAGGACUUCAAGUGAACUCCCCCCUUCUCCUCCCAGGCUGCAGACAAAAGAAUACACAACAGUGACGUCCAAGAGGGGAGUCUUUUUGGACAUUUGAGUCACACCAAAACCUUGGCAUGCGUGCACAUUUAAAGUGACCGCAAAGGAGGGAGCUGACCGGUUUUGACUCGCUGCUAAUGCACACUGAUGUACUGCGACAAAUCAACUCUGACCUAAAAGAAUUUGCUGUGAGGGACUCCGAGAGGGGCUUCGUUAGAAGGAAGUAGAGGGAGGUGAGUUUAUUCUGUUUGGAAGCAACGGAGAGACUCUCAGCAGCAGUGCAGCAACUCUAUUUUUGAGGACUCCGCACACACAAAUCAAGAUUAUUUGCAAAGGAUCUGAGGAAGAACAUCUAAAAGUCAAGCUGCAGCCAUCUGGAGCCAGUGGAAUGGACCUCGGUGUCUACUGGAUUGAUCCAAACAUACCUACAGCACUGUCAGAAGAGGAAGGCUAAGGAGUUAUCGACUAGCGGAUGAGGAUGAACGGAGAUGUUCUUUAGCUAAAUACUCAGACGACGCCCUCGCCUAUUCUCCAUUUGUGUAGUUUGCAAGCGAUUCUCGCGGAGGAGCAGGUAGUGGUAGCUCGGAGGAGCCACGGGGCUCAGGGAGCGGGGGAGGAAGGGUGGCAGGCACCGGGUGUCACAUGGCCGUGCAGAGGCUCGUGGCUGCAGCGGUGGCGGUCGCCCUGCUUUCUCUGGUACUUAACAAUGUGGCGGCAUUCACCCCGAGCUGGGUCCUGCAAGCCCUGGAAGAUGGGCGGAAGAGGAGCGUAGGAUUGUGGAAGAUGUGUCCCACUGGAGGGGAGAGGGUUCAGGUGGCAUUGAGGCAAUGUGAAGCUUUGGGAUGGGGCUCUGAGUAUGCUGGCUAUAAAGAAUCCCGCAGCUCUGUAAAAUUGCAAUUCGACAUGAUGCGAGCGUGCAACUUGAUGGCGACCGUCGCCCUGACAGCCGGGCAACUAAUCUUCCUGCUCGGGUUUAUGGAGUUGCCCUUCAUCACGCGAGAAUCUCAAUGGUGGGAGGAGGCAAUCGCUGCUCUCUUUCAGCUAGCCAGUUUUGUGCUGGUGAUUGGACUCGUGACCUUCUACAGAAUCGGGCCUAACACACGUCUAGCCUACUCCUGUUACAUAGACAUCGCUGCAUGCCUGCUGGCUACCACGGCGGCGGCCAUGCUCAUCUGGAACAUUUUACACCGCCGUGACGAUUGUCUGACCCCACGAGUCAUCAUCAUCAGUCGUUCGCUGACGUCCCCUUUCCACCCACGUCUGGACAAUGAUUAUGUGGAUUCACCAUGUUGAGCGGGACGCUCACAACACUGCUAAUUUGUCCACCCGGUUUUCGAUAGUUCAACAACAGUUGGACCUUAUAUCCACCUGCAUGUGUUCAAUCUCAUAAUCCAGUACACAUGGAAGUCACGUCACCAGGCAAAUAUUCCCUUUUGAGAUGUCUGGUGGUAAAAUACUGAACUAACUUUGGACCAGGACACUCUGUCAAGCCAAGCAGAAGAUCAAGCUGGACCUUGAUUGUUAUAUGUGCACUUAUUCCAAACUUUUCUUGCAUUUUUGCUAUUGGAGUUGUGAAAGAAUGGGUAUACAAAGUAAAUCAUAAUAACGGAAUACCUCGUUUUUUACCCCAUCAUUUUGAAAUAUAUCUAAAUGUAAUAUUGAUAUUUCUUUCCUAGGUUAAAACAUACUAAGCAAUGUUUCUUUAUGGGUCAAUGCAAUAUUUUAUAAAAACUUGCAUUAUACAAGUAAGAUUAAAGCAACAGGAGGAUGGUUACUCUAUGCUUUAGGACUGCAUGCACUUCUACAUAAAAGCAGGGAACAGCUAAAAUACAUACUUUUUGCAAUCCAUGUAAUCCAUUUAGAAAUCUGCUUGUUUGUGGUACAUCCGAAUACUAAUUUAAUAUUAGUGAGCUGUAUUAAAACGUAAUGCUAUCAUUAACUCAUUGGCUGCCAUUGAUGACAAUAGCCCAACGCCGUCAAUGGCACUGAAUCAUGAUCACUCACUGACUAAUGAGUUAAGGAGUAGCAAUAUUGGGGAUUAUUAUAUCAUACAUAAAAAAACAAGCCUCUGUGAAUCUUCCACAGUUUCGAACAUAGCGGGUAGAUAAAAAUAAUAUAUCUAAUUAAUUCAAUAAAUUUGAAAGUCAAUUGUU